GGCUUUCUUCUUGGAUCAUUCUUCAGUCUACUCUUCCUAUAUAUUCCCACUCUGUUUCCUCCACGGUGAUCGUUAGGACUUUGAGAGAAUGUCGACGAUGAUGAUCUUUUUCUCGGCAAUUUUCGUCUCUUUGUCGGGAGUCGCGGCGGCGGGGAGGUUUACGGUGGCGAACAACUGCCAGUACACGGUGUGGCCGGGGGUGCUCUCCGGCGGCGGCGAGGAGAUGCUGGCGACGACGGGGUUUGAGCUGCAGAGAGGUGAAUCGCGGACGCUGGACGCGCCGGCAGGGUGGUCGGGCCGCUUCUGGGGCCGCACGCUUUGCGCCGCCGACUCCGCCGGCAAGUUCGCCUGCGUCACCGGCGACUGCGGGUCCGGGGCAGUGGAAUGCUCCGGCAAAGGCGCGGCCCCUCCGGCUACGCUGGCGGAGUUCACGCUCGGCGGCGGCGGGGGGAUGGACUUCUACGACGUGAGCCUGGUGGACGGGUACAACGUGCCGAUGCUGGUGGCGCCGCAGGGCGGCGGCUGCAACGCGACGGGCUGCGCAGCGGACCUCAACGCGCGCUGCCCCGCAGACCUGCGGGUGGUGGCGGCGAGCCACGACGGCGGCGGCGGAGAGAGCGUGGCCUGCAAGAGCGCCUGCGACGCGUUCGGAUCGCCGCAGUACUGCUGCAGCGGAGCGUACGGGAGCCCCGACACCUGCAAGCCCACGUCCUACUCCGAGUUCUUCAAGAACGCAUGCCCUCGCGCCUACAGCUACGCCUACGACGACGCCACCUCCACCUUCACCUGCGCCGCCACCGCCGCCGCCGACUACCUCAUCACCUUCUGCCCCAACACCUCAAGCCAGAAGACGUCCGGCUCGAGUUCGCCGGCGACCAACAGCACGGUGGCCUACGUGGGCGGAGGAGAAACGAGCGGAGCCACCCGAUGCAUGGCACGCAUGCCGGUCGCGGUCGGGUUCGCCCUCUCCCUUCUUAAGACAUGCCUUCUUCUCUUCAGGUAGCGCGGGGCGGCGGGCCGGCGGUCGGCGGCGGCAGCCGUCUUGCGUUACAAAAACAGGCGACGGCCGCCACCUGUUUUUGUUAUUAAUGUGGCCGGGAAAUGGGAUCCGGCCGAUGGAGUUGGUGAAGAAAUCGGAAAUCGGAUCCGACGAUGGAUGACGUCGAAAAGCGACAGGAUUUGGGUAGAGCUUUCUGCACUUCCACGGGAGAUGGAUCAGCCUGCUUGGAUCUCAACGGUGGAGCCUGCAAAUCAUAAGAUACAAAAAGUUAAUCAAAAAUAUUAUUAUUAUUUAUUUUGUGUUAUGUUUUAGUUAAAAAAAAAUACUACUUAAAGUUUUCGGAUAUAGAUUAUAAAAUUUAAAAUAAUAAUAAUAAUAAUAAUAUUAUUAUUAUUAUUAUUAUAUCAUGCACUUCAUUUUACAAACUUUUGGGAUUUUUUUUAUUGAAUUACACUUUUAUUUAAAGGAUGCUUUUGAUUGUAUUAAGAUAACAUGUGCUAUUUGGGCACACUUCAAUGUUGUACUUAGUGUUUUUUUUUUGAAUAGUGGAUCAACUGAUGGGGGCG